CAGAAAGAGUAAAGUAAGCAAAUAGAAAAAUGUUUAAAAUUAUACGUUUAACGUGAUAAAAUGCUCGGCGUAGUGGUCGUAUUGUGCGGUCUACUCGCACUCGGUGCCCCCAGCUCCGUCAACUACUGCGGCGCCAAGAUGUGUGGAAACACCAACGCACAUACAUUCUGCCAGUUCCCUGAAGGUCCCAGCCCAGACUGCGUGGGUUACAUAGAAGCCAAGCUCGAACCUGAUGAGAAGACGAGACUAUUGGACCGGCUCAACAGUCGAAGGAAUGAGGCAGCCGGCGGUUUGCGAAGCUUCCCCCCAGCUGGAAACAUGCUCACGCUGCGUUGGGUUGAUGAGCUGGCUCGUGAAGCCCAGCGCUGGGCAGACCAGUGUCGUCCGCCGCGGCCGCUUGAAGAACACGAUGCAUGUCGUAAUCUAUAUUCGCUGACUGUCGGUCAAUGUGUGGCGUCGGUAGUGGGCGAAGCGCCAGGACUUCGAGUGGAGUCCAUGGUUGACAUAUGGAACAUACAAAGCAUGCAGUACAAGGGCAAUGUUACCUUCUAUAUGCCUCCAGGUAUCGGUGGCAAAUACUAUGGUGACUUUGCUCAGAUUAUUUGGGCAAAGAGCUAUAUGGUGGGCUGUGGUCGCAGUCGAUUUAUGACGCCUUGGCAAGGUCGCCUUCGAAGUGUGGAGCGUCUAGUCUGCAACAUAGCACCGUUCGGACCCCAGCCGACGCGCCCAUUAUGGGCUCCAGCCGCACCAACUGCUUCCUGCCCACAUCGUUCAGCGCAAUCUCCCAAAUGGCCUAACCUUUGUGAUUACCAACAAAAGCAUAACGAUACUGAACAGUACGACCCAUCUACGACGCUUGAAGAUAAUUUACUAUUAAAUACUAUAUUAGAAAUAGAAGGAAAUGAGACAUUAGGUAGUAUAGAUGAGAUUUACUUAACCAAACUGGCUAUAGCAACAAUGACGAAUACAUACAAUGAAUGGCAAAUGGAUUCGUUUACUACACAAACAUAUUUCAAUUCGAAGCAGAGGAGAGAAGUUGUUGAUAUUGUAGAUGUCAUUAAGUUCCACGCCAAUGAUAGUACAGUUGACAUUGUACCUCAAGUGAAGACAACACAAAAGUCAAGUUUCGUGCAAAACACUUUAAAGAAUACCGCAAGCGCAACGGAACCCUUGCAAACAGAAACAACAACAGAAGUUACAAAAUCCACUCAAACAGAACAUGAACUUAAUUGGAUCGGAGGACCAGCAAUUUCCAACAUGGAAGAUUUGGCUAAUUUCAUUGCUAAGCCAGAAAAUAUCAAACUCAUUGAAGAACUACUUAAGAAGGAAAGGGAUUUUUAUAUUCAUGCUAACAAUGAAUUUAAUGAAACAACCAUCUCUAAUGAAACAUCUAUAGUUUUAUUAAAUGGCACACAAGUUUCAAAUGCUACUGGCGUCUCUCAAGUUCCAAUUAUCAUUGAUGAUUACGAAAAUAGUUUUACUGUUGUAGAUCCUAAAAUAGUGGACGAUGUAACAGCUUUGGAUAUACAUGAAACCAAAAUGUAUUUCAAUGAAUUAUUAAAUAGUCUUAAGCUGGAAGAUUCAAACAGGAGUGACAACGAGACCGGUAGCGGCAGCAGUAGUGGUAGCGGCAGUGGUGACUUUGAAGAUGAUGACAGUGAAAAACAUCCAGAUUUUAGCAAUAUGACAGAAUAUUUUUAUAAUGAUCCCAUUGACCCUGAAACGGUUCGUCAGUUACAAGAGGCUUUGGAACAAAGUGAAUAUGAAAUGGAACAAAAAAAAGGGAAACAAGUAAAGGUACGAAGAGACUUGCGCGACAGUAGCGAGAGCGAUAGUCACCAAAAGCCAACAACACCACGUGGGAAUGAGGUUCCAAGCAACAAACCAAAAGAUGGUAAUUCACUGUUCGGUUUUUUUAACUUCGUGCCUUCUAUGUCGGAGACACCCAACGAAUAUUCCAGUACAGCUAGCCACGCCAUCCCGUCUCUUGUGAUAGUUUUAGCCUUGUUGGUUGUAUUGUCCUGUGUGCUCGCACUCGCUGCCACCAACUCCGUCAACUACUGCGGCGCCAGCAUGUGUGAAGGCAACAAUACACAUACUUACUGCCAAUAUCCAGAAGGCCCCAGUGAUAAAUGCGAAAGCUAUACAUACGGUGGCCUAACGGCAGAGGAGAAGAAGAGGUUGUUGGACCGGAUCAACGGCUUUAGGCUUUCUAUGGCAUUCGGAAAAAUGCGCAGCUUUCCUCCAGCUAAAAAUAUGUUGAAAAUGCGUUGGGUCGAGGAGCUGGCUCGAGAAGCCCAGCGCUGGGCAGACCAGUGUCGUCCGCCGCAACGCGUCGAAGAAUACGACACUUGUCGUGACCUAUAUUCCGUGACAGUCGGUCAGUGUGUGGCGUCGAUGGUGGGAAAAACGCCGAGCCGAGUCGAGCGAUUGGUCGACAUUUGGUACAUACAAAGUGUUCAUUACAAAGUCAGUGUGCGCUACUACGUACCUCCAGGUAAUAGUAGCAGAUACUACGGUGAUUUUGCGCAACUCUUUUGGGCGAAAAGUUUUAUGGUGGGCUGUGGUCGCAGUCGAUUUAUGGCACCUUGGAAAGGUCGUGUCCAGCAUGUGGAGCGUCUAGUUUGCAACGUGGCACCGCGUGGACCCCAACCGGGGCACUCAAUAUGGCUCCCCGGCCCUCCAGCUACUUCGUGCCCGGAAGGUUCGAUGCCAUCCGACACAUCGAGAUUCCUUUGUGAAUUUGGUGCAUCGGAUCGUCAAAUAAAAGAACAAUUGUAUCUUAAGGAACAUGAAUUACAACCGAAGGGACGGAGACCAAAAAAGGUAAGAAGAGAACUGCCCGAUGAUGAGUAUGUCCCUGAACCCAUGUCGGGUGUAACAAGACCAAGUUAUAAUCCAUUAGUAGCUAUCCUUAAAUUAAUACCAUCGCUGGCUGAUUAUAAUUUAGAGAACUAUCCAGAAAUACGUUUCCACAAAUGGAUGCAUGAGAGAGCUCUUAGAGGUAUAGCUAGCCAUGUGACAUCAUGGUGA